AUGGGCAAAGAGCUAGAGGAUGUGUGUGACCGAUAUCUGAGUCGGAAAGAAGAAAAGCAGAAAGUCAUCGAAGCGGUUGAAAGAUGUUUGAAGAAAAACUACGACUACGAGAAAUUGAAGGACAAAGUGCUGGAUGUUGUUUCCGACACGCACAAGGCGCACAAAAUCAUCGAGAAGAUCACCUCUAUCUAUUCACAAUUCAGGAAAAGAACAAGGUUUGAAGAGAAUAAAGGCGAGAAAAAUGGUGGCUCGGAGCCGAAACGUUUUCGAGACGAGCCAGAAGUGAAGCGAGAACCGCGCGACCGGGACUCCAGAGAUUCGAGGGAUGUUAAAAGGGAACUUCGAGAUCGAAACGAAGGCGAUAAACGCGAUUCCGGCAAAAGAGAGUCUGACCGGAAAGAACCUGAUAGAGACAAAAGAGAGUCUGACAGGAAAGAACCUGAUAGAGACAAGGACAGAGAUCGUGACCGUAAGCCGCCUUCAUUGUCCCCACCACCAAGAGUGAUCGAUGAUCGAGAUCAACGAACCUCGAACAGAGAUAGGGAGAGAAUCAGAAGGAUGGCACUUGACAUGCUUGAAAGACAAAAGAAACACGAGGAAGAGGAGAAAAUGGCCGGCUUGACGGAGGAACAAUUGAGAGUGAAAGAGAUGAUGUACAAGGCGCAACAGGAUAUUGAGGAGAAGAAAAAGGCGAUGGCAGCCCUUCUUUCGGGCACAAUUCCUCACGAUGAUCAACCAGCACCAAGAACCAAUAUGCUCAAUUCGAAGGCUUUUCUUCGACCCCAAGAAGCAGCCAUGUUUGCAACUUAUUCAAUUGAGAAGAAAAAUCGUAUGGAGGAACUAAAAGCUAAGCUCGGCUCGUCAAAAGUUUUGGGAACUUUACCAACCACUCCAGUUGUCAAAAAGGAACCCGAACCAGUGGUUGCCGUCGAGAAGAAACCAAAAAAGGAAGCUAAAGAAGCGGAGCAAGAAAUUAAAGAGUACCUCGAUCCACGGAUUCACAACAAAGCGGCUUCAAGAAAGGCUCGCACAUUCAAUUUCCAUGAGAAGGGCGAGUUCGAAAAACUCGCCAACAAGCAACGAGCUAUGGCUAAAUUGGAGCGACUGCAGGCUGAUAUCUCCGAGAAGGCAAGUACCACAGGAAUCUCGUCGGCUGUCAAACUUGCGAUGGUUACUCCAGCUGGACACACCUCUGAUAUAAUCCCAGACAUUGAGUGGUGGGAUCAAAUUGUCCUCGAGAAGAACAACUACGAUGAGAUUCCUGAUGAGACUGUGCCCGCUCGAUACGCAGAUACAAUCAGUGAACUCGUCGAACAUCCAAUUCAGCUGCGUCCGCCCACCGAGGCCCUCAGUCAACAAUACAUUCGGGUCUAUCUGACAACCAAGGAAAAGAAGAAAAUUAGACGACAGAAUAGAAAAGAAAUGCAAAAAGAAAAGACGGAGAAGAUUCGACUCGGCUUGGAGAAACCACCUGAGCCUAAGGUGAAAUUGAGCAACUUGAUGCGAGUGUUGGGCAGUGAUGCGGUGCAAGAUCCGACAAAGAUGGAAGCACAUGUACGUAAGCAGAUGGCCGAUCGGAUGAAGAAGCACGAAGCCGAGAAUGCGGCUCGAAAGUUGACCGAUGCUCAGAAGGCGGCCAAGAAGACAAAGAAGUUGAGUGAGGAUACCAGUCUGGCCGUUCAUGUCGCUGUUUACAGGGUUAAAUCUUUGGCCAAUCCAUCGAAACGUUUCAAAGUGGAGACAAACGCGAAACAAUUGCAAAUGACUGGAAUGGUUCUGCUUUACAAGGAUCUCAAUGUUAUCGUCGUUGAAGGAGGACCAAAACAACAGAAGUUCUACAAAAAUCUUAUGAUGACUCGAAUCAAAUGGACUGAAGAGAUUAUUGGGGAAGAAAAGAAAGUCGCCGACAAAGAAGCGCCCGGCGAGAGAAAUGAAUUGAAAUUGAUUUGGGAGGGAACUGUGAAGAAGCGUGCUUUCUACGAUAUGCGAACGUUGUCAGUGAGCAUUCAAAAGCAAGCCAGAGAGACUUUCGAGAAGUAUCGUGUUCCUCACUACUGGGAUUUGUGUCUUUCAUCUCAAGUUCUCCUUGACAACAACGAAGACUCAAACCAAACA